AGUCAUCGGCACGCAGGCGCGCAACGCGCACGCGUUUUAUUCUCUCAGCGGUCUUUAAGUGUUUACGUUAGUCGGUUGCAGCAGUUUUAUCUUAUAGCGCUCGAAGAUUCCAAAAGCGUGCGUUACAUAAAGUUGUUACACAAAUUUUUCGAUUUAUUAUAAAUUUUUUAUCGUUUUUUUUCCUCAUUAUUCUGUCCUCGACUUAUAGCUUUUGUUCCAUUGAGUGAAACUACAAAAUGUUGGCCAUGACUUGGCAAAUGAGGAUCCUUUUGGUAGCCGGGUUUCUGGCCACCGCGUACUCUGGACCAGCCGGAAUUCUUAUCCUCGGGAACGAGUGCAGUAAGGAUAGAGAUUGCGAGGCUGGUAUAAGCAACAGCCAAUGCCAAUAUGGGAAUUGCCGGUGCCGUCCUUUCUUCGCGGAGCACAAUCUCACCGAGUGUUUGGAAUCAACGCUUCUGGGCUACGAUUGUCUCGUGAAAGAUCAAUGUGCCAUGAAGGUAGCUCACAGCAACUGUCUAGCUGGAGUCUGCAGAUGCGAGGAAGGUUAUUUGCAGUUCCGAAAACACACGUGUCUGGGACCCGCUCGGCUUGGCGAGGUUUGUUACAGCCACUCGCACUGUUAUCUCUGGGAUAGCGACACUUAUUGCGAUUUCAUAAUUCCCGAUCUCUUCGGCCGAUGUCAAUGCACCGCGUCGAUGCGUCGGGACGGCGACGUCUGUCGACCGGAUUUCCUCGUGUACCCACCGGAUUUACCUGUUGAGUCGAGCAACGACGUUCCAGAGAGCGUGGGGGAGGAAACGAUCGCCAUCCAUGACGACGACGACGACGAGGGAACAGGUGUUCAAGUGUCCUGGCUGAAGAACAUAUCUGCGGUUCCUUCCGCUACUCCCAUCACGCGAAUCGUACCUGUAACUACGACGGUUCAACCCAGCCUCGUGCAGUCAGCUCCGGAAACUCCGGCACCGAACGAAUUUCCUGGCGAGGACAACGAGGCCGUCGUCGUCGAAGCUGCAAACACCACCGAGUUUCUGCAAACUACAUCGACUUCCACCACGGCACCCAUCAAAACGGACAGACACGAGCCGGAAAGCACAAUGGCGAUAAGUUUGGGCCUGGCAUGCACCGCGGACAUAGAAUGCCAGAUGGCGGAUUCGGGUUCGCGAUGUCUGGAGGGUGUUUGCGACUGCGCGAUCCGCGGGAACGGAAGUUUGGCCUGUGGAGCGCAGAGGACCGGAUGUGCACCUGGGACCUUCCAGUGUCGCGGUACCGGACAGUGCAUCAGCUGGUUCUUCGUGUGCGAUGGUCGUCCAGACUGCGCCGACGGAUCGGACGAGGAAUGCAGAUCCGAGCGAUGCCCGAGCCAAGCGUUCAGGUGCUGGCGCAGCGGUGUCUGCAUAUCCAAAGCCGGGGUUUGCGACGGGAAUCAGGACUGUCCGGACGGCGAGGACGAGGACGGCUGCAACAGUCGAAGAAAGUGUCCGAAGGGCGCGUUCAGGUGCAACAGCGGCCAGUGUCUUCCUGCUUAUGAAUUUUGCAACGCCAUGGUGAUGUGUCGGGACGGCAGCGACGAGCCUCGUGGAGCCUGCAGAACCCGGAACCGUGGAAGGCUCGCACCUCGGCUAUGUCCUUUCCGGUGCGACAACGGACGGUGCAGGUCUGAUGCCAUCACCUGCAGUGGUCGAGACGGAUGUGGCGAUGGAUCCGACGAGAAAAACUGCUCCGUCUGCAGAUGUCCUGCAUUGACAUAAUCUCGACUGGAUAUCACGCGGCGCGAUGAUAACGAAAUUGUGUGGGAAUGAGAGAAUAUUACAUUGAUAUGCAUGGAAUAUUAGGAUUAUUAUCAUCACCCGAAAUGUGGGUGUAGAUGUUUAUGCUGAAUUUUUGUAUAAUUACGAGUGUCGCGUAAAAAGUAUACAAUUUCUAUGCGUAGCCAAAGAUUUUUCACGCGAAAUUGAAUUAUCGGUAAAAUAUGCAACCACGAGCGCAAGUCUGUUCCUAAUAAAUUAUUACAUUCGCUGAUCAGUUGAUGAUUUCUUUGAAAAACUGAUGAUUGACAUCGCUUUUGGUGUUACGUAUUUCCAAAAGUUAAUUUGAAUCUGUCGUAGACGGUUUAACGCAGUUUAUAAAUUUCAACCAAUAUUUAUAAAUAUUCCUAUGCUAAUUCAGAUAAUUAUACAAUGAAUAGCAAAAAAUGAAAAAAUCUUUUGACAAGUACAAAUUUUUCAAAAACCUACAAACCAGGCGUGCUGCAGCUUAUACUAUUAUUCUGAAUAGACUUGCUAAUUGAAAAUUGAUCACAGGAGCCUCGACACACCGUUUGUCGAGGAUUCUCUUGACGAAUUAGGUAACCAAGAAUUACGUACGUACUCUAUAAUUGAAUGUACAAUAAUUUUUUUUCUUUCCCCACUUGAUAUAAGUGUACCAGAUGAGACUAUGCAUAGGAUUAGAAUUAGGAAAUAAGUGUGGCAUGAUUGAUAGUGAGUGACAAUAUUAUAAAUGCUUCAUAUAAAUCUACAUUACAUGUGUCUCGGAGAUUUUCUGCAUCUCCGUUAUUCUCACUACACAUACGAGUGAUUAAUAUGUAACACACGCAUAGAUAUAUCAAUACAAUAUAUCCAAUGAAUUUAGAUUUAUACAUGUACCGUCAAAUUUUUGUACCGAAUAAAUGUUAUACCAUAAGUGAAAACAAAUGUCUCGUUCCAGGGAACAAU